AUGACCGCCAUAGAAUCUCCCAAACCCGACAUUAACGGAGACCCUCCGCCUCGCCGCUCCCUGAUUGGGACGUACCCCAAUCACUGGCUCCAUUCAUCAUCACCACCAAGCUUCGACCUGACCCGUCCUUCACCUCCCGAAUAUGCUCUCCCAUCCCCAAAAGACUCCAUCUCCCUAUCAACGACCACGACACCAAUUGUCAUCUCACCCUCAAAAACCGCACUCGUGAUAAUCGACAUGCAGAACUUCUUUCUCUCUUUAUAUCUGGGUCGACCGGCUGAUGGUGCUGGGAACAAUGCAAAAAAGCGAUUGCUUGACACUGCAAUACCAGCCGCAAGGAAGGCGGGGAUACAGAUCAUCUGGCUCAAUUGGGGUCUAACUGACGAAGACAUUGAAGAUAUGCCGCCAAGUACACGGAGGGCGUUUGGUUUCGAGGCUACUCUUGAAGGGCAGGGCAAAAACAAGUCCCUGCCGGCCAUUGACGCUCAUGGUGUAAAUCAGGCCGCCGCGGACCAUUUUAUGCAAGACAAGAACGGGGUGCUGGAGGAGAAAGAAUUGACCGAGAACGGGAAGCCGAAGAGGAUAUACAAGGGACUAGGUAGCGAGGUCGGCCCUGUGAGCAUAGAAGAUGGCAAAGUUGUAGACGCGGGAAGGCUUUUGAUGAGAGACACGUGGAACGCAGCAUUGCCACCGGCUUUGGAUGCAGCCUACAAGGAAGGACAAGGGCUGAAGGAGAAACCCGAUGUGUGGAUCCACAAAAAUCGAAUGUCUGGCCUUUGGGGUUCUUCGACGCCGUGCACAGAGUUCCUCGAGCAAGCUGGCAUUAGCACAUUGGUAUUUGCAGGGGUCAAUACCGAUCAAUGCGUGGCAGGAAGCCUUCAGGAUGCAUUUACGAAAGGAAUCAUGACUAGCUCCCUUGAACAGUUGAAAGCCAUUGGCACCACAGUCGUUUGUGACUCGGGCGACUUUGCUACCAUUGGAAAGUACAAGCCACAGGAUGCUACCACAAAUCCUUCCCUCAUCCUCGCUGCGUCCAAAAAGUCAGAAUACGCCAAGCUGAUGGAUAUUGCCGUCGAGUACGGCAAAGAUCAUGGCAAAGAUUUGGACGAAAAGAUCGACUCGACGCUGGACCGCCUGCUUGUCGAAUUCGGAAAGGAGAUUCUACAGAUUGUUCCCGGAAAGGUCUCUACUGAAGUCGACGCUCGCUUCUCUUUCGACAUCGAAGGCUCGAUCAAAAAGGCUCUUCACAUCAUCCAACUCUACCAAGAUAUUGGCAUCGACAAGUCGCGUGUCCUCAUCAAGCUCGCUUCGACAUGGGAAGGUGUCAAGGCAGCCCAUAUCUUGCAAUCUGAGCACGGUGUGAACUGCAACCUGACCCUCAUGUUCUCUCUGCCCCAGGCCAUUGCCGCAGCCGAGGCUGGUGCUUUCCUCAUCUCGCCUUUCGUUGGCCGUAUCUUGGACUGGUACAAGGCAGCGAACAAGAAGGAUUACACACCGCAGGAGGACCCUGGCGUCAAGAGUGUUCAGCAGAUCUUCAAUUACUACAAGAAGUUCGGGUACAAGACCAUUGUGAUGGGAGCUAGCUUCAGAAACGUUGGCGAAAUCACAGAGCUCGCUGGAUGUGAUUACCUGACUAUUUCGCCCAAUUAUCUAGAGGACCUCUACAACUCGAAGGAGAAGAUUCCUCAGAAGCUGAUUGCCGAGGAUGCCCACAGCCUCGACAUUCAAAAGAAGGAGUACCUCAAUGAUGAGGCUAAGUUCCGAUUUGACUUCAACGAGGAAGCGAUGGCUGUGGAGAAGCUCCGAGAGGGUAUUUCAAAGUUUGCUGCUGAUGCUAUCACGCUCAAAGGUAUCCUCAAAGAGAAAAUCGAGAAAGCUUAA